ACUGCACCAAAUACUGUAGACAUAAUGUAUGCUUUCUAAACAUCAUUUUCAUUUCAUUUGAUACUUAAUUUCAGUAUUACCUGUCCUUUUAGUAUAUUUAAUUAGGUAUAUAACUAAGUUAAAAUGUUGAGAUCAUUAAAACUACUAGCAUUUGCUGACAGUUUGAGUUUUCUCUGACAUUAUUCAACAUAAAUAAAGACAACCUGUUCCCUCUGCCUGGCACUGAUACUCUGCUAUAGAGUAAGCCUCCCUCCUCCACUCACAGCAGCUUAAUAUAUCAUAUUGAACAUAUAUUAUAAGCAUACGUUGUGUUCUCCUAUUACCACACAUCUCUCCGCCUCCCUCCCUCCCUCUCUGUCUCUCUCUCUCUCCCUCUCUCCCUCAGUGCUCUCCUAUGUCUCUCUGCCAGCUGAGGGGUGGAGGCUGACGGACCGAUGUCUUUUCCAUGUUGAGGAUGGAGGAAAGAGGGAAUUAGUGGCUCUCUUCACUCGGUUUUUUUUGUUUGUUGCACAGAUAAGAGCGACCUGAUAAUCAGAACCCGGAAACCUCAGCAGGGACAUUUUUCCAUGUGAGGACAGCGGCUUUAAAGAUGACCCGGGGGGAGAUUCAGCUGCACCAGGCUUGAAUCCACCAAUCCAGAAACCCCAUGGAGCAGGAUGUGGAGAGCCCGGCCAUUAUCAAACAGCACAAGUUGCCAAAGCAGGCCCGUGAGGAACUGCCGCAUCAGCUAGCAGAGCGGGAGCGGAACCGGAGGCUUCAGCGGUACGUCCAGAAAGAUGGGAAGUGCAACGUCCAUCACGGGAAUGUCCGGGAGACGUACCGCUAUCUGACGGACAUCUUCACCACGCUGGUAGAUCUCAAAUGGAUGCUCAACCUGUUCAUAUUCGUGCUGGUGUACACCGUGACGUGGCUCUUCUUCGGGUUCAUGUGGUGGCUCAUUGCGUACCUUCGGGGCGAUCUGGAGCAUUUAUCAGACAACAAGUGGACUCCAUGCGUCAAUAACCUCAACGGGUUUGUUUCAGCUUUCCUGUUCUCCAUCGAGACGGAGACCACCAUCGGUUACGGGUACAGAGUCAUCACGGACCAAUGCCCCGAGGGGAUCCUUCUGCUUUUGAUUCAGUCGGUGCUGGGGUCUAUCGUGAACGCCUUCAUGGUGGGUUGCAUGUUUGUAAAGAUCUCCCAGCCCAAGAAGCGCGCUGAGACUUUAGUGUUUUCCACCAACGCCGUCAUCUCCAUGAGGGACGGGCGGCUGUGCCUGAUGUUCAGAGUGGGGGAUCUCAGAAACUCGCACAUCGUGGAGGCCUCCAUCAGGGCCAAGCUCAUCAAGUCGAAGCAGACCAAGGAAGGGGAAUUCAUCCCUUUGAACCAGACGGACAUGAAUGUGGGUUACAACACGGGCGACGACCGGCUCUUCCUGGUGUCUCCGCUCAUCAUCUGCCAUGAGAUAAACCAGAACAGCCCCUUCUGGGAGGUCUCACAGGCCAACCUGUCCAUGGACGAGCUGGAGGUCGUGGUGAUCCUGGAGGGGAUGGUGGAGGCCACAGGCAUGACGUGCCAGGCGAGGAGCUCAUACGUCAGCAGCGAGAUCAAGUGGGGCUACCGCUUCACGCCAGUCCUGACGCUGGAGGACGGCUUCUACGAGGUGGACUACAACAGCUUCCACGACAUUUAUGAAACCAACACGCCCAGCUGCAGCGCCAAAGAGCUCGCCGACAUGAAUAACCGCAGCCGCCUGCCCCUCACCUGGUCGCUGGCCAGCAAGCUGAGCCAGCAGGGGCUGCCCGAGUUGGAGCAGGAGGGUCAGGAGACCAAGAUGAUCCUGCUAAACCAGGAGAAGAUCCUGCAGCCGGAAAGGAACGGAGACAUUGCCAACGUGGAGAGCGAGUCUAAAGUGUGAUAGAAGGAAAAGCAAGACGGCAAUAUGGAGGAGAUUAUUGAGUCUCUCCGUCUGGGAUGAGCUUGCAGAGAUUGAAAUGGAGGAGCAAUGAGCACAGCAGACCAAGUAAUCCCUGCAUCAACAACCACGUUUUUCUCAGUGAUUUCAAAGUUAAAACCCCAAAAGCAACAUCUAGACAUGUGGACUGAAACCCCACCCCCGCGGGGACAGUGCAUGAUUCAGAUAUAAUGUGAUGUCCUGCUGAUGAGAUUCCUCUUAUUUUUUCUAUUAAGAUAUUCCUAGGGGCAUUUGCAUAAGUAUUUUUGUAUAUACUAAUUAUUUGUUUUGUUGCGGUGUGAAUAUUUGACAGAUGUUUGAUACUAAAUCUUUUAGGUUAGUUCUGUAUAUUCUCUGCCUUACUGUAUGUAUAAAGCGUUCAUUAUUUGUUUUGUUUUCAGAAAUAUAUUAGCAUGUGUGAACAUUAUCUGCAGUUCAUUUAUCUUGUAUUGUGUAUACUGUAAUAUUAUAAGGGACACAUACAGUUCAAUGGAUGCAAACACUAGUUUAAACCAAUGACAAAUACUACGUCACUUGAUAAAUGUUUAAGUUAGUACUGCUUAAUACUUUUCCUUUAGAAGCCAUGACUUGCUGUUUGCAGCGGGGUGACUUCAGACAAUGGCCCUUUAAAACUGCAUCUGUCACUUUUGCACAUUGGAGGCCUCUGAUGGAGAAAGUUAGUCGCUGCCAUUCUCCGGAAAUCCCUCACCUGUCACCUAACAGUA